GUGAUCUCACGAAAGCGCUUGGGAGCACUCGCGAGAUCUGACGCGCCGAUCCCCCAAAACGCUCUUAGGAAGUUUAAGGCCCAAAAGAGGUCCCAGGGCCAAUGGCCGGAGCUGGGCCGACCAUGCUACUACGAGAGGAGAAUGGCUGUUGCAGUCGGCGUCAGAGCAGCUCCAGCGCCGGGGACUCUGAUGGGGAACAGGAGGACUCGCCGGCCACGCGUGCACGGCAGCAACUAGAGGCAUUGCUCAACAAGACCAUGCGUAUCCGUAUGACAGAUGGAAGGACACUAGUCGGCUGCUUCCUGUGCACUGAUCGCGACUGUAAUGUCAUCCUGGGCUCUGCGCAAGAGUUCCUCAAGCCUUCUGAUUCAUUUUCUGCGGGCGAACCCCGUGUGCUGGGUCUGGCCAUGGUACCAGGACACCACAUCGUUUCUAUUGAAGUCCAAAGGGAGAGUCUGUCGGGGGGCCCGUAUCUCUGACCACAAUUGCACUUCUCUUUGAGACCAUUAAACCCUAUG